AUGUCUUCCUGUAUUAGCUCGAUUUUCCGCAAUGAAGUUUCAUUAUGUGCAACAUUGUUGCAGUUCCUUUUUGUUUUAAAAUUUUGUGAUUGUCUAAAACCAAACUUUGUGUUCAUUUUGACAGAUGACCAAGAUAAUAUUUUAGGAGGCAUGACUCCACUGGCUCAGAGCAAACAUUUAAUUGGAGAUAAUGGCAUUACCUUUUCCAAUAUGUUUGUUACUACACCAUUAUGCUGUCCUAGCAGAGCCUCCAUUCUUACUGGAAAGUAUGCUCAUAACCACGGAGUGGUAAAUAACUCUAUCAGUGGCAAUUGCAAUUCUUAUAGUUGGCAAGCCAGUCAUGAACAGAAAACAUUCAUAACUAAUUUGAAGAAAAAUGGUUAUGCAACAUUUUAUGCUGGAAAAUACUUGAAUCAGUAUGGCAAAUCAGCUGCUGGUGGUGUACACCAUGUUCCUCCUGGAUGGGAAAAUUGGAUAGGUUUGGUGGGAAACUCUUGUUAUUAUAACUAUACAUUGUCUGUUAAUGGAAUACCUGAAAAGCAUGGGAAUGACCCGCAAAAAGAUUAUCUUACUGAUGUUAUCAUGGAAAAGGCUAUGAGGUUCCUGGAAAACCAAAGUGAAACACCAUUUUUUAUGUUCUUAGCUCCACCAGCUCCACAUUCACCUUUCACUCCAUCUCCAAAGUUCAAGAAUGCAUUCAGAAAUUUUUCAGCUCCUAGAACACCAAAUUUUAAUUUUAAGGCUGGAAAAGAUAAACAUUGGUUAUUGAGGCAACCACCAUCUCCACUACCAACUGACGUCAUUCGGGAUAUUGAUGAAACUUUUAGGAAUAGGUGGCGGACUUUACUAUCUGUAGAUGAGGGUGUUGAAAAUAUUUUCCAAGUUUUGAAAAAGAAAAAAAUGCUCAGGAAUACUUAUGUCUUUCUAAUGUCUGAUAAUGGCUUUCACUUAGGACAGUUUUCCCUUCCAUGGGACAAACGGCAACCUUAUGAGUUUGAUAUUCGUGUUCCUUUACUUGUCCGUGGUCCUGGUAUUAAGCCUAAAACAAAAGUUAAGGAAUCAGUUUUAAAUAUUGAUAUAGCUCCUACAAUUUUGGCCUUAGCAAAUUUAACAUCCAAUGAAAACUUUGACGGUAAAUCGCUUCUGCCGCUGUUAUUUGGUUCUGAUACAAGUAGCAGAACAGAAUUCAUCAUUGAACAUCAAGGUGAAUCAAGCUCUAGACCAAUUCCUGGAUGCCCUCAGUAUCAACCUCAGGAAGUUGACACAUGUGAAGUUGACUGCAUCUGUGAAGAUUCACGAAAUAACACUUACAUAUGCCUAAGGGAAUUAUCUGUUGAAAGGAAUUUUGUCACAUGCUAUUUUAAAGAUGAUGAAAAUUUUGUUGAAGCAUACAAUUUGACAGAAGACCCAUAUCAGAUGAAGAAUUUGUACUGUUCUCAAGAGAAUUCACCGUUUUUCUACCCAAAGCUCAAGAACUGAGGAAGAUUAGUUUUUUUUUCUUUUUCAUUUUUUUGAUUUAAUUUUAUUCACUUUUUUUUUCAGGCUUUUUUUUUUUUUUUUUUUUUUGAUAAAAACAUAGUUGUAUUGUUUGAAAAUUGAUUUUGUUUUAAAUUUUCUCCAGUUUUUGGUUUAUUUUGUUAAAAUUUUUGUGAUUAUUUUGUUUUUUUGUUAAAUGAAUCAAAACUUUCAUCUGCAUUUUCUACCAGUUCAUUUUUCUGAUCUUAAAGAGGAGUACUUUAUUCUGUUCAACAAUCUUUUCUUCUUGUACAAAUUCCAACAAUAUUUCAGUUAAUUCUUUCUAGAUCUUACUUUGAUUCUAAUACUUAAUUUUCUAACAGGAAGAACAGCUUAUAAUACUUACCUAAGGUUGUCAAUUUUUUAUUGUAAGGUCUUCUCUUGUGAUUCUUGGAACUUAGACUUCCUUUGCAAUCACUGCAAUAACUAGUUUCAAUUUGAUGCCCAGGGAUCGAAGAUUAUAAGUUAUUUAGCAGACUCAUGAAACUAGUGACAAUAUCCUAUGCACAAGAGCUGAAAACUAUAAGUGUUUUUCCUGAAUCACAAAAAGUGUUAGGUACUUAAACAGGAAAAUUUUAACUCAAAUUGUUUGAGGAGGUUGUCCUCAAAACUCUGUGCCAUUCACUUCAUAUUCUGAAGUCUGUAACACCUCUAACUUCCUCCCUCUGGCUGAAAACAAAAGCAUGCUUGUUUUCAACAUUAUAACUCUGUUAAAAUUACCUAAAUAGCAAUAUAAGAAUUGUAGGUGCAUAUUUCAGGGUUGCAAGGACCUCCUUUUUCUUUUCAGAAAGAAAGAAGCUUAUAACUAAUAAGAUAUUGAACUAAAGCUACAUGUACCUCUGCAAAUAUUAUAAGAAGAACUGUAUCAUAAAAUAAGUAAUGCAUGCAUUGUACUCAAGCUUUUAUAUGCGUUUCAUAAAAAAAUCUUAUUUACAUUUUUGAUGCAAACAUUUUAUUGAUUUUCCAUAUCUUGCAAUCCUUUCAAAUAUUUAAGAGAACCUCAUUUGAACGAUUCAUAAAAUUUAAAAACUUUUAAACAAAAUUUGCAGAUACAUUUAUCAAUUUAGCUGUAAACUAAUUUUGAACAAGUUCAAUCGAAAUAAAUUUUAACAAUACCAAAUUUGUUCAACAUUGUCUUUUACAAUACAGCUCUGCUGGACUGCAUAUUUUAAUAAUUCAGUUCCACAUGUUGUUGUGCAGAAUGCUACUUGUGCUGUUUCAAAUUUAUAAAUUAAAUUACUAUUAGUUGAAAGAGUAGAAGUUUGCUUUUUGAGUAUAUUUGAGAACUUGAUCAAAUCAAACUUUUAUAACAUUAAUUUAUUUCACUGUUUAGUAUUUAUGUAUUUGAGAAAUAUAUAUAUAAUAAACCUUGAGUGCAUUUUAAAUCACCAUUAAUUUAUUUCACUGUUUAGUACUUAUGUAUUUGAGAAAUAUAUAUAUAAUAAAUCUUGAGUGCAUUUUAAAUCACAGUAUGAAUUUCUUUGACUUUGUAUUUUGUUCAGUCUAUUGUGAAGUAGUGAAAUGUAUAUUUGUAAUCAUGUCGAAAAAGUUUAUUGUUUCAAAUGUUUUGUAAAUAUGAUAAGUUAAACUAAAUAAAAUACUUUGUUAAGAAAA